AUGUUCAUUACUAACGAACACGUCGGAGAUCGUUCUAGAUUAGAAGAUUGGAGAGUCCGUGGCUACGACCCAUUGACUCCUCCUGAUUUAUUACAACACGAACUCCCAUUGCCUCAAAAAUCACAAGAUACCAUCUUAAAAGGUAGAGAGGCUGCUUGUGAUAUAUUGAAUGGGAAGGAUGAUCGUUUGAUUAUUGUCAUUGGUCCUUGUUCAAUCCAUGAUCCUAAAGCUGCUCUUGAGUAUGCUGGAAAAUUGUACGAAGCUGCUCAAAAAUAUUCUGGUGAAUUGCAUAUCGUUAUGAGAGCAUACUUAGAAAAACCGAGAACUACAGUUGGCUGGAAGGGGUUAAUUAAUGAUCCAGAAAUCGAUGGUUCGUUCCAAAUUAACAAAGGUUUGAGAAUUGCCAGAAAAUUAUUCGUAGAAUUGACAGACAAAUUGCCGAUUGCCGGCGAAAUGUUGGAUACAAUUUCGCCCCAAUUCUUGUCCGAUUUAUUCUCUCUUGGUGCCAUCGGUGCAAGAACUACUGAGUCACAAUUGCAUCGUGAGUUAUCUUCCGGCUUAUCCUUCCCAGUUGGUUUCAAAAAUGGUACAGAUGGUACUUUAGGUGUAGCAAUGGAUGCAGUUAGAGCUGCUUCUCAUCCUCACCACUUUUUGUCAGUUACCAAGCCUGGUAUUGUUGCUAUUGUUGGAACAGAUGGUAAUCAAGACUGUUUUGUUAUUUUAAGAGGUGGUAAGAAGGGUACAAAUUUCGAUGAACAAUCUGUAAAGGAGACUAAGGCAGAAUUAAUCAAGAAUAAGAUCGUUACGGAAGAAAAGUCAGGUCCAAGGAUUAUGGUUGAUUGUUCCCAUGGUAACUCAAGCAAAAAUCACAGAAAUCAACCGUUGGUUGCGGCCGAAAUUUCCAGACAAAUCAGUAAUGGGGAGGAUGGUAUUUGUGGUUUGAUGAUUGAAUCAAAUCUUGUCGAAGGUAGACAAGAUGUACCACCUGCUGAUAAAGGUGGUAAGGAUGCUUUGAAGUAUGGUUGUUCUAUUACCGAUGCUUGCAUCGGUUGGGAAGAUACCGAAUCUGUUUUAGAAGGUUUAUCUAAUGCCGUGAAGCAAAGAAGAAAUUCAAGAAAGUAA